GAGCAUCUGCUAAAGUUGACCUGGAACGGAAUGUCAAAUACAACCAGACAAGAUCUAGAACACCAGCUGAAUUGCUGUGGAUUUAUGAAUGAUACAGAGAAUAUUGCCACCUACUUGACUGAUCAUUUAUUGUGUAAAGAACACUGCAAACCAAAAGGUUGUAAAACUUGUGGGAAUGUCAUGCUGACACAUUCUGGUCAGGCUCUAAGGAUUCUGGGUGGAGUAGGGCUUUUCUUCAGCUUCACUGAGGUUUCUCAUCAAUUCCACUGAACCAUUGCAGUUCUUUGUUCUGGGUGUGAAAUCCUAAAGCGCUCAGGUGCUGCAUAGUCCUGCUCUAGGCAAUAGUCCUGCCUUGGACAUUCUGGUUCUUCUUUAAUAAAUUUCUUUACACAAGUAUUUCUCUAAAAUAUAUAGACAACACUCUGAAAAUCUAGUUCUUUGGCAGUUUUCC